GAAUCUUCCACUCACUAACCCACCGCCGCCUCCCUUCCCUUUGCAUUCUUAAAUUUUCAUCAAAAAGCUCAGAUUCAGACAGGGAAAGUUUGUUAAUCCUGUAUUCUGUUGUGUUUGGGUACAUCUGGAUUUGGUUUUGAAGAUCGUCUAUUUCUUCUGGGGUAUGGAGUUUAAGAAGACAAAGCUUGUGAGGUUUUAUUCUGAUGGGAAAAAGGAGAAAGAAACAUUUUGGGGAUUAAAUGAGCCAAUGCACCUUGAAAAAUCAUCUUCUAGGUAUAGAGUAUCAGUCCCUACAGUGAUAAGGCCAGAGAAUGAGGUGGUGGGAGGCAGAAGUAGACUAGCAGAGACUUCCAAAAUUGGGAGGUCAGAGUUGUUUCCAGAUGACAGUUCACCGUGGUACAUGAGAAUUCUUCUUCCUGGUAGUGAGAUUGUAUUGCAAUGGAACUGGGUUUUCAUUGUUUCAUGCUUGGUGGCACUUUUUGUCGACCCAUUGUACUUUUACUUGCCUGCUGUUGCAGGGGAUGGUACCUCUUCAUGUGUAAAGACAGAUAUGAACUUACAAAUUACCGUGACAUUUUUCCGAACUCUUGCAGAUAUAUUUUAUUUGUUACACAUAAUAAUAAAAUUUAGGACAGGUUAUGUAGCACCGAACUCAACAACUCGGGUGUUUGGGAGGGGUGAAAUUGUAAUGGAUCCGAAGAAAAUUGCAAAGAGGUAUCUUAGAUCUGACUUUUUCAUUGACCUCAUUGCAACCUUGCCUCUUCCUCAGAUAGUCAUCUGGUUCAUUAUCCCUGCAACACGAAGCCCUCAAACAGAACAGAAAAAUAAUGCCCUUGCCUUAAUUGUUCUGCUUCAAUACAUUCCGAGAUUAUAUUUGAUUUUUCCACUAAGUUCACAAAUUAUUAGAGCAACUGGAGUGGUCACAAAAACUGCCUGGGCAGGGGCUGCAUAUAAUCUUCUUUUGUUUAUGUUGGCCAGCCAUGUUGUAGGGGCAGCAUGGUAUUUGCUGUCAGUUGACAGGUAUACAUCAUGCUGGAAAUCAAUUUGCAAAAGGGAAGUUGGAUGCUUUCUCCAUUACUUAGACUGUGAUGCUUUCAAUGAUGGUGGUCGCAAGACAUGGACAACUGGUACAAAUGUGUUCAAGAAUUGUGAUCCAAACAAUGAGAUUGAUUUCAAGUAUGGUAUAUUUGAAAAUGCUGUGACAAAGAAUGUUGUCUCCUCUAAAUUCAUUGAGAAGUACUUCUAUUGCUUGUGGUGGGGCUUACAACAACUUAGUUCAUACGGGCAGAAUCUGGCCACCAGCAUAUUUAUAGGGGAGACAUCAGUUGCCAUUCUGAUUUCCAUAUUGGGUCUUGUCCUAUUUGCCCACUUGAUUGGAAAUAUGCAGACAUACCUUCAAUCUCUGACUGUGAGACUGGAAGAAUGGAGACUUAAACGAAGGGACACCGAGGAGUGGAUGAGACAUCGCCAGCUCCCAGAAGACUUAAAGCACCGUGUUCGACGUUUUGUUCAAUACAAAUGGCUUGCAACAAGAGGAGUUGAUGAAGAAGCCAUCCUUUCUGGCUUACCUUCUGAUCUUCGCCAUGAUAUUCGAAGGCACUUGUGUUUGGACCUUGUUCGUCGUGUCCCUCUCUUUUCCCAGAUGGAUGAUCAGCUGCUUGAUGCAAUAUGUGAGCAUCUAGUAUCUUCCUUAAGCACUGAAAACACAUAUUUUGUUCGUGAGGGUGAUCCUGUGACAGAGAUGCUUUUUAUCAUCAGAGGUAGAUUAGUGAGUUCUACAACUAAUGGAGGCCGGACUGGAUUCUUCAACUCAAUCAUACUGAGACCUGGGGAUUUUUGUGGAGAGGAACUACUUUCAUGGGCUUUACUACCUAAAUCAACUGUUAACUUACCUUCUUCAACUAGAACAGUCAGAGCUUUGAAUGAAGUUGAAGCUUUUGCACUAUGUGCUGAAGAUCUAAAGUUUGUCGCAAACCAAUUUAGACGCCUCCACAGCAAGAGGCUGCAACACACUUUCCGAUAUUACUCCCACCAUUGGAGAACUUGGGCAGCCUGUUUCAUACAGGCUGCAUGGCAUCGACACAAGAGGAGGAUGGUGGAAAAUUUCAUGAUGACAGAAUCAUUUGCUUCACGUGAGAAUGGGACUGAUAAGACCAGGCGAGAAGAAGAGGAACAUAUCUCUUCUGGCUCAAGUUCUUCUCAAACAAGACCAGAGAAUCUUGAGGUCACAUUACUGGCUUCGAGAUUUGCAGCAAAUACCAGGAAAGGUGUUCAAAAACACAAAGACGUUGAGAUGCCAAAAUUACAAAAACCUGAAGAGCCUGAUUUUUCUUCUGACCCUGAUGAUGACUGACAUCUAGUAUUAAGGCUGAGUGCAUAACAUCUUGGCUUCUCUUGGGGUUACUCAUUUGGAGUAUGGGUUCAUAAUCUUCCAGAAAGAAUCUGGAAUGCCAAAUCCUUGGCAGCUGUUUUGCCCAGCAGUUCCAAGAUUGCUGUAAUUUAAGCUUCCAAAGAUUGUGGCUGCAGCACACUAGGAUGAAAUGGAAGAGAAAAAGGACAGGCACCAGGCAAGUUUUUGUGUUGGAUGCUAUAUGUAUGUUAUUUGCAAUUUUAUGUUUCAUCGUUGAAGCAGGUAAACCCACUAAUCAUCAGUGAACACGAACGCAGAAAAUUAGACUACAAUAAGCCUGAUUGGCCUUGUUAGCUUUUGUU